AUGUUACGCACGCCCUCGCCAAGCAGCCUCUAUGGCUUGGUGGACAUGGGAAGCAAUGGCAUCCGGUUCUCCAUCACCGACCUCUCACCCUCAACCGCCCGCUCCCUCCCAACCGUCUACCAGGACCGCGAAGGGAUCUCGUUAUUCGACGCCCAAUACUCGACCGGCGUCAGGGGCCCUAUCCCCCAAGACACCAUCGACGAGGUCCUUUCGUCACUGACUAAAUUCAAGUCAGCAUGCGCCGACUUUGGGGUGCCCGAGACCAACAUCAGAGUCCUGGCCACCGAAGCCACGAGAAAUGCGGAAAAUUCGGCCGACUUCCGGCGGCAGAUCAAGGAGGCCACGGGCUGGGAGGUCGACAUGUUGCCCAAGGAGGCUGAAGGGAGGAUAGGUGCCAUGGGGGUGGCCAGCAGCUUUGCUUCGGUCGAGGGCCUGGUCAUGGAUUUGGGUGGAGGAAGCACUCAGAUAACGUGGAUGAUCGCCAAAGACGGCCACGUCCAGACCAGUCCCAAGGGCAGCAUCUCGUUCCCCUACGGCGCUGCAGCCAUGACCAGAAGGCUGAGAGAACUCUCUGCGUCCUCUUCAGAUCACGACGGUCACCACAAAUCCAAGUCCGCGGUACAAUCGCCAGUGGAAGAACUGGAAGAGGACAUGAAAGCCCAGUUCCGCCAGGCUUAUCAAGACCUGGACAUCCCUGAUUCUCUACAGCACAAGGCCAUGCAUGGCGGUCUCACGCUGUAUCUCUCCGGCGGCGGCUUUCGGGGCUGGGGAUACCUGCUCAUGUCGCAGCACAAGGUGUCGCCGUAUCCCAUACCCAUCAUCAACGGAUUCUGUGUCUCGAAGCGCGAGUUCCAACAGACGAGGGAAAUCACAGCCGUGGCGGCCGAGGAGUCGGUCUUCAGGAUCUCCAAGCGGCGCGCCGAGCAGGUCCCAGCCGUGGCGUUCCUGGUCAAUGUCCUCGUCAGCGCACUGCCCAUGAUCCAGCAAGUGCGGUUCUGCCAGGGCGGAGUGCGCGAAGGGUUCCUCUUCGACACGCUCGAGGCGCCCAUAAAAGCACUCGAUCCCUUACCCGCGGCCACCGCACAGUACGGCACCUCCUCCGCCGCCGACCUCGCAGCCCUCCUGUGGGACGGCCUCCCUGGCGAGAACCACCUCGACCGCUCCCUUCCGCCGUCAUUCACCCCAUCCCUGAUCCGCGCCGUUGCGGACAUGAUGUACCUGCACCUGCCUCUCCCCAAGGAGACGCGCUCCCUGUCAGCGCUGCACGCACCCAUCACGGGCGUGCUGACCUCGGCGCACGGUAUUUCGCACACAGACCGAGCCAUCCUGGCCCUGGCGCUCUGCACGCGGUGGAACGUCGACCUCCCGCCUCCGCACGAGGCCCUGCAGGCUCGUCUACGCGCCGUCCUCACGCACCAGGAGGGCUUCUGGGCGAACUACCUGGGCGCGCUGGCCGGCCUGCUCGGCACCAUCUACCCGGCCGGCCACAUCAUCGACGUCCAGCGGCCGCGCGUGAAGCUCGCCGCGCGCUGGGCUGAUGGAUUGGGCAAAAAGGGCCUGAGCCAGGGCGUCGUGCUCCGCGUCCAGUGCCGGCGCGAGGACCCCCUGACCGUGCCCCUCGCGCUGAAUCCGCUGGUCAACGAGCUGGAGAAGGUCGGCAAGAAGAAACACCGCGUCGGCGGCGAGCAUGGCUUUGGUGUCCCCGUCGACGUCAAGAUUGAGCGGGACUUGGUGUAG